CGUCUUCAUCGUUUCAUAGGAUCGGACGUAAACAGUUAUUUCUCCGUUUUGCAGUGGUGAUUCAUCUUUUAUUCAGUGGAAGAUACAGUUCAGAGCACAGGUCUGAGAAAAUUGAAAGCCAAAGCCAACAUCGUGCGCCAUCUUCGCCAAACGCCGCCGUCCGUUCUGCAUCGACGAAGCUCGCUCAUUUUCGACGUAAUCACAUUCUACGAAACCGACGUAUAUCAGCGCAACGUCGACAACUACGCAAGGCACGCCACGCACACUCGUCGAUUGAAAAGUUUGAACAGUAAAAAUGAGCGAAGACAAGGGCACUAGGGUCUACGUCGGCAACCUCACCGAUAAAGUGAAGAAGGAAGAUCUCGAGGGAGAAUUCACCAAGUACGGUAAAUUGAACUCUGUUUGGGUAGCUUUCAAUCCCCCAGGUUUUGCGUUCAUUGAAUUCGAAAACAAAGAGGAAGCCGAGUCGGCAUGCGACAACUUGAACGGCCAGGAUAUCCUCGGUUCCAAGCUACGUGUUGAGAUCUCCAAGGGCCGUCGUAAUUCCCGUGGAGGCCCACGUGGUUUCCGUGGUCCACCAGGAGGGCGCUCCGGCAGUAGCGGCGGUUUCCGUUCCAGCUCUCGUGGUGGCUUCCGCGACGGAGGUGGCUACCGUAAUGGAGGUAGCAGUGGAGGAUUCCGUGGUGCAAGCCGUAGCGGAAGCCGGUUCGAUAGCUACGGAAGCAGUCGCUCCAGCGGUGGAUCUGGUGGCUACAGUCGUGAUUCGGGUCGCGAUAGCUACAGCAGUGGUGGCUUCGGAAGCGGCUAUGGUGGCGGUCGAAGCAGCGGCGGCGGCGGUGGACGAUUCCGAUCAAGGUCACCGGUUGGCGCCCGUGGUAGAUACUAAGUGUGUAGCAUUUAAGCUGAUUGAGCUGCUGUCUCUCGUUUUAUGCGGCGUAGUAUUUCCACUUGAAAUAAAACGUCAUAUAUAACUUUAAAUAUGGAUGCAGUUGUUCAUGCACGACCUUAUUUAUUUUACUGGAAACGAUUUAAUGUUUUCGUUCACUCUAUGGCGAUAGAGAAUGGCACUUGAAAAUUUCUCGUUAAAAAGCUAUAGAUGAGUUAGACCCCACUGAAUGAUCCACAUUCAAAUGCUCUUAGGACAAUUGUUUAGACGAUGCCAGUAAUGUAACUUUUGCAAGGGAGCAUAUUUUGAGAUUCGCCAAAAAUGAAACUAUUUUGUACUGUUUUAUAUGUGUUUUAAUAUAUAAAAUAGCUGAAGCAAACCCUAACAAAACCUGAACGACAAAAAUGUCAAAAUGACUAAAUCGUUCGCCCUAAACUGAAUUCAUUAACUUUUGUGUUAAUCCAAAACGUGUAUAAAUCGGCAAAUAAAACAUACUCAUAGAUGAAAACUACAUGAUUUAAAAAAAGAAAUGGAUGGAAACAAGUGAAACGACGCCAAAUUUACUCCUGUUCGAAAUUAAAGUCCAAACAAAGUGAACACGUGGUGCAAUAUCUUCUGAAGGAGAGAAACUUUAGAACGAGAUUAUCGCGAUAACAGUUGAACAAGAUCGAUGUACCCUCGUCAUAUGCCUGGAUAAGCAGAUAGACAGACACACAUACACAUACAACACACAUUUACAUAAUGUAUGGUUGUUUUUACUGUGAGACUCCACACACCUUUCCUGACACAUGCAAAUGAAAACAUUUUAUCUGAGUUAUGUUAAGAGAAUAGAUAAAAAAAAAUAAAUCCAUAUAAUCACUUAA